AUGGAAGGAUUGCGUUUGGAACAAAGGGUCAGUAUCCAGGGAAAUGCAGGUGUUGUGAGGUUUGUAGGCAAAACGGAGUUUGGGAAGGGUGAUUGGGUUGGCGUUGAGCUAGACCAUGCUGUUGGUAAGAACGAUGGUUCUGUCCAAGGAGUUCGGUACUUUGAGUGCCAAAACACAGAUUCAGGAGCUUUACAUGGACUGUUUGUCAGACCUACUAUUGUGGUUUCUCUUUCAGCCGAUUCAAAACGCGAAUUGGGCGAACAAGCCUCUUCCACAGACAUCUCAAGAGAGCAAAAGCUGGAGUUGUUGGUUCGAAGGUUGGAGUUCAAGCUCAAAAGCUCCACCCAAGAAAUAGCUGCUCUCCAACAGAACAUUGCAGAUUUUGGUCUUGAAAACCAGCGAUUAUUGGUUGCAAUAGAGGAGUUGGAACGUUCCAUGGAAAACGUGGUGAUGGAGAGAGAAACAUUUUCGGAUUUGAGUGAGAGUUUACAGUCUCAGUUAUCCGAACUUGACAAUAACUACAAUCUGCUUCUUCAGGAGUAUGCCAAGGCGAAGAACGAGCUUUUGAACAGUAAGGAGAUGGAGGAACGGUCUGUUGCCCUUGGGCGAGCAGACCCGAACAAUGGAAUGAUUUUGGCCAAAAACGAGGCUCUAGAGAGAGAUAUGGAGCGAUACUCUUCCCGAGAAAAGUCACUUUUGGAAAAGAUAGAGCUUUUGGAGAAGGAGACCGAAAAGCACACCGAUAUUUUGUCAACCUUUAACGAGCUACAGCAGAAGUACGCGGAAUCGCAGAGUGCAUUAAUAGAGCUGAAAUCCCAGCUUGCGCUUCUGUCAGAGUCUCAGGAACUCGUGGAAUCGUUGACUGAGAAAAACGUGGCUCUUUGCGAGGAGAUCGAAGCACUGGAGGAGAGUAUUAGACAGGGAGCCGAGUCUAAUCUCACAAUUGGAAGCCUACUAACUCAAUCACAGGCCAACGAGUCAAAAUUGAUGACGCAAAUCGAGGAAUUAACUCUCGAGAAGAAAAAAUGUCUAGAGAAUCUUGAAACUGCUGCUGAGGAGAAUAACAGCCUUGUUCAAGAAGCUGAAACUUUGCGUUUUCAGCUGCGUUCAAAUGGUGCUCAGGCUCUGGAUGGGCACGGGAUCGCAGAUAAAAGCGGCAGUUCUUUACAAAGAGAACUUGCUUUGAAGACUGAUCGUUUGAAAGCGCUUCAGUACCAAUCUCGGAGGCAGCAAGUCAGGCUUGAGAAAGUCGAACAGCGACUUCUCACUGCUCAGCGUAUGAUUCCUGAUUCGGAUGUCAAAGAAGCUCUGACCAAAUUAGGUGAACUUUCUCAAUUGGAGCAACUUGCUGAAGAGCUUGGAGCUGCUUCGUCUCAUUUGCAGGCCAGAGGUCCUCAGUUUCAUGACACUUCUGUGCAAGUUGCACAAUUGGCAGCGGAAUAUGACUAUGUGUUGCACAAUUGGAGAUACAGCUCUGAUGGAUCUUCCAGAAUUGCAGACUUCAUUAGUCUAAUGUUGUCAAAAACACAGGAACUGCUUGAAAUUUCACAAUCCGGGGAACCCAAAGAACUCGAUUUGGUGCUUAGCGCUAUUCAUGGAGACACAGGCUUCUUCAUUGAUGAGAAUCUGGGACCAAUCAACAGACGCGAAAACAUGAUAUAUCGCCUCAGGGUGGAAGCUUUCAUUCCCGGGAAACGUUGCUUAGCUGUUCUGGAAGCUCUCCCUCAAUCUGAGCAGACCAAGAAUCUCCUCGAACUUUUGUACAAACUUUGUGGCGAGAUCGAAGAAAAGCUUGAUUUGCUCUUGCAGAAAAGAAAGAACUUGCAAGAGGUGAAGAGCACGUUUGGUACGGAUACAGGAUCCGUUUUGCGUGAUGUUCUCGCUGAAGUGCGAGGCAAGGACCGAGCCUUUUUAGAGGUUUCAGCCGAGUUCACUAGACGUAUUGAGCACUGUUUGGAGGAACUAACCAGUAUGGAAAUCACGAUACAGGGUACGUCAGUCUCAUACGUUGAUGGCAUUUUGAAAUUAUUGAAGCAGAAAGAAGAGGAAACGCGAUCCAACAUCGAAGAGGCAGAAAAGCUUAAGAGAGACGCUUUGGAUAUGGCACUCAGACUGGUGAGCCAGAAUAAGCUUUGCGGCGAGCUAAGUGCGCGGAUUGUUGCUUUAGAAAGAAGACUGGAGAAUACAAAACACAGCGAAGAUGAUCUUCUGUGGAUCAGGUCCAAACUGGAUGUACUGAAGAGCGAAAACGAAAAUCUCUUAGAGAUGAAGCUUGAUCUUCUGUCCAAAAAUGAAGAACUCGAGACGAAAAUGAACCAAAUAAAGAGAGAUAACAAACUGUUUGGAGACUUCAAUACCGUCUAUGAGGAGAAGGAAUUUGCUGGGAAGGCCGAACUAGUUUCAGAGAUUCAUUCGCUGAGAACGGCUGUGUCGAUCUUCCAGGAUCGGAGGAGGAAGACGGUUGAUCUUUCAUGGCUGAACGAGGAGGUCUACAAGGCACCAGAAUACGUUGCUUCGACGUUGGAGGCUGGCACAAGGACAUUGGCUCGUACAAUAGUGGGUAUCCAGUCGCGAUAUCGGGUUCUCCCCGUGGGAAGAUACGAGAACUGGAGACCCAGGGCCUCAAUGCCGGGACACCAGGCAAAUCUUAUGAAAGAGGAGUUGGGAAAUUACAAUUCAUUGAAGGCGUUGGUAUUUGGAAGAAAGUUAGUGGGUUAA